AUGUCCUCUCGUCAUCCCGAAAACUCAUCAAUUUUCGGAAAGCAGUUGUUCGAUUGUUCUAGACGUGUGGAUAAUCCAUCACGAAGUAUACCUAAUUUGGGCACAAUACGACGUGAGAUAAAUGAAGCAAUCAGUAGUUGGCAACAUAUAUUGCCAAUGCAAUUCCAUGAAGUACGACCGGAAUCAGAAGCUGAUGUAAAGAUACGUUUUGCAAUAGGUGAUCAUGGUGAUCCGUACCGUUUCGAUGGAAGUGGCAAAAUUUUGGCACAUGCAUUUCCACCCGGUGAAGGAAUCGGUGGUGACAUUCAUCUGGACGAUGAUGAAUAUUGGACCGUUGCGCUCACAGGCGAUUCUUAUAGGCAGCAAGUGAGUCUUCGUUCGAUUGCAAUGCAUGAAUUUGGACAUAGUAUCGGUCUAUCUCAUUCAAAUCAGGAAGAUAGUGUCAUGUACGCCUUUUAUCAGUACGACUUACCGGCAAAGCUCUCAUACGAUGACUUGCUAGCUGUUCGAACCCUCUAUGGCGGCGGUGACUAUCAUCCAAGAGAACCGACUGAUAUCUCUAGACUGCAUUCAAGUACUACUACACAAUCACCGCCGUUGCCAAGAGGACCUGAGGAACCUACAGAUCAGUUUCCAACAAUUCAUCCAGAUACUCCAGAGUUACCAAUCUUAGAACCGGAUCCAUGCAAAUCCGAAUACGAUGCUAUUGCUUCCAUACGACAAGAGAUCUUCGUUUUUAAAGAUAGAUGGUUUUGGCGGAUACGGCAAAAUGGUACGCUAAGUCAAAGUCCACAUCAUAUCAAUACGCUAUGGAGAGAAGCCGCAUGGCCUAUAGAUGCAGCAGUGGAGAGCGAUCAUCAAAUCUAUUUAUUCGUAGGCAAAGAUAUUUAUAUAUUCAACGGUCAACGUCUUGUCUCAAAAAAAAUGCUUACCGACUUGGGCCUACCAACCACCAUUAAGCGAAUUCGACUUGCUUACACAUGGAACUACUGGACCGAACAACCGAUGUACAUCUGGACAAAAGAUGAGUUCUGGAGAGUUGAUAAGAAAUCUGAAAAGGUCGAAAUUGGUUAUCCACGAAAGAUCGCAACAACAUGGCAUGGUAUUCCAGAGCAGGCUAGCGCAGCUGUUACAUAUAAUAAUGAACUAUAUUUUUUCAAUAAAAACGCAGUCUACAAGUUCCAUACGGUUAAUAUGACAGCAGCAUCACCAAUUACUACGUCGCAAUUAUGGCGCUUUUGCCCCGUGGCAAUGAAAAUCUCAAAUGGACAUGUAAUACGCAUUUCAUCCUUUUCUACUUUUAUUGUUAUUGUUGUUACUACUGUUUUUUUCCACUGA